AUGUCAGUCACUAUUAUUGUAACCAGUCACAGAUCACUGCAGCUUAUUUCGAAAUCGUCUUCACCGUUCCUGCCUCUACAACGACUGAGUGCAGCUGUGCCCUCGUCUGCAGCCACUUUUAUUUAUUACUCAUUUUGUUCUUUCUUUCUUUCUUUCUUUCUUUCUUCUUCCUCCUCUUCUUCUUCUUCCCCAUUAGCUGAUCAUUUUUACCGCUCCUUUUAUUUCUGUCUUUGUGUCUUUCUUCAUUUAAUCAUUCACUCUUUCUUUCUUUCUUUCUUUCUUUCUUUCUUUCUUUCUUGUUAUUUUACUCAUUUCAAUAUAUCUUCUUUCUUUCUUUCUUUCUUUCUUUCUUUCUUUCUUUCUUCUUCCUCCUCUUCUUCUUCUUCUUCCCCAUUAGCUGAUCAUUUUUACCGCUCCUUUUAUUUCUGUCUUUGUGUCUUUCUUCAUUUAAUCAUUCACUCUUUCUUUCUUUCUUUCUUUCUUUCUUUUCUUUCUUUCUUCUUUCUUCUUAGUUUCCUGUUCCUUCAUUUUUUUUUUUUUUUUUUUUUACUUCUCUUUCUCGUUCUAUCCUUUUUUCUUUCUCUUUUUCUACUUCUAAUCCUUAUUCUCAUCUUUAUUCUCUUCUUUUUCACUCGUUCUUUUUUAUUUUAUUUUUGUUCUCUUUAUCUUUUCCUUUGGCUCUUCCUUUUUACUUAUCCCAACACUUUCCUUCUUUCUUUUUCCUUCUUUCUUUUUCAUUCUUUCUUUUUCCUUCUUUCUUUUUCAUUCUUUCUUUUUCCUUCUUUCUUUUUCCUUCUUUCUUUUUCCUUCUUUCUUUUUCAUUCUUUCUUUUUCAUUCUUUCUUUUUCCUUCUUUCUUUUUCCUUCUUUCUUUUUCCUUCUUUCUUUUUCAUUCUUUCUUUUUCCUUCUUUCUUUUUCAUUCUUUCUUUUUCCUUCUUUCUUUUUCCUUCUUUCUUUUUCAUUCUUUCUUUUUCCUUCUUUCUUUUUCAUUCUUUCUAA